AUGCCUCUCUGCGGAGGAGGCAAGACGGUUCAUCGCAAGCUUGUCCUAUUAGGUGACGGUGCUUGCGGCAAGACUUCACUGCUCAACGUAUUUACCAGAGGGUACUUUCCUACAGUAUACGAGCCCACCGUCUUCGAAAACUACGUCCACGACAUCUUCGUCGAUAAUGUCCACAUCGAGCUCUCCCUCUGGGAUACCGCGGGCCAAGAAGAAUUCGACCGCCUGCGCUCCCUUUCUUAUGACGACACCCACACUAUCAUGCUCUGCUUCAGCGUCGAUUCCAAAGAUUCGCUCGAGAACGUCGAAUCGAAAUGGGUGGGCGAGAUUGCGGAGAACUGCCAGGGUGUGAAGCUCGUGCUUGUGGCGCUAAAGUGCGAUUUGAGGGAGAGGGGCGGCGAUGAGGAGGAGGAAACGGGAGCGAGGUCAGGAGGGGAGAAGGUCAUGAUUGACUACAAGCAGGGGUUAGAAGUUGCAAAGAGGAUCCAGGCGCUGCGAUAUCUGGAGUGCUCAGCAAAACGAAACCGGGGCGUGAACGAAGCAUUCACAGAAGCAGCGAGAGUCGCGCUCUCAGUCAAGGGCGCCGGCACGUCUAGUGGAGGGAGCAAGUGCUCAGUGAUGUGA